UCACGCCAAUCCUCAUCAUCCAAACUAUCUCCUAACUUAUUCUUUUCUACCUUGCAAAUUUUAAUAUCGUCGCCGGUCGACAGCCAGUCUUUCUAGAAACCAUCAAAAAAUUAUUCUUAUAUACACCAAUAUCACCGCCAUAAUGCAGUUCAAGAUUCUCGCCUUUGCCUCGUUCCUCGCUGUUGCCAUUGCAGCACCCGCUGUUCAAUCUAGCGGAGAGGUCGUUGUCCGCGCACCGCUUCCUGCAGUCCUCAGCGAGACCGCAGCAAUGAGCAACGCCAAUGGAGAGGUCGUUCCUUUCUCAUCGACUGAGGUUCACCAGCCACUCAAGGCUGCCGGGAAAUAAAUUGAUGGAACGGUUAUAAUUUAAAGGGACACUGUACGAGUGCUGCCUUGUGUGUGAGGGUUCAGGUUUUAAAUGGAAGAAGGGGCGUAUCUAAGGAUGGAAACGAGUCGUUGUGGGAUAGGGACAUCAGAAAGUGAUGGGAUUCGGUCGUCGAAAUAAUGUGCAGCUAUAGAUUCGAUACUUCUAUAAUCGUACUGUAUUCUGUC